UAGUCGAAGUGACAGUCACAGCUUGCCACAGCCACAAAGCGAUCGUGUGCUGCUCACUCAGCUAAUUGCCGGCCAGGACACUACUCCGCUUCUGAACUUCUCGCAGAGCGCGCUGUAGCGGCCAGACUCGGUGGUUGUGGGCAACUCCUUACUCGUCUCGGCUCACUGAUCGCCACCACGCCCCAUCUGCUGAUGCCCAGGUCUGUCGGACAGCCGUUAUUGAUCUCAUCCAAUCCUAUAAGAGGCUACUGCAAUCAUACGUGCUCUCUCACUACUCUCCCAUCCAUCUUUAGCACGCCAUGGCUCUCUUUACACCUUUCAAGUUGGGAACUGUAACCAUCCCUAACAGGAUCGGAAUGAGCGCUCUGACGCGCAAUCGCUCAGAUCACACCGUCCCCAACGCUGUGAUGCUCGAAUACUAUGUUCAGCGCGCCAAGGGCGGAACUGGUCUUAUCGUCACUGAGGGAACGCUCAUAUCGCGUCAAGGGAGCGAAUGGCCAAAUGCACCUGGCAUCUUCAACCAAGAGCAGAUCAACGGUUGGAAGAAGAUUGUGGAUGCCGUUCAUGCAGAGGGUACCAAGAUCUACUGUCAAUUUGGGUCGGGUAACCAUCCUGAUGCCCCCGAGCAAUUGGCUGCUGGAGAGCCUGUCUGGGCGCCUUCGGCCAUCUCUGCACGUGGAGGAAAGUUCAGACUUUUGCCCGGUGUCCCGGGCUACGUGACGCCCACCGAGGUUCCUGACCCCACGAUCCUCAUCGCCCAAUUCAAGCAAGCCGCGAUCAAUGCCAAAGCGGCAGGAUUCGAUGGAGUUGAACUACACGGGGCAAACGGCUACCUUGUAUCUCAGUUCCUCGAAACCCACUCGAAUCAGCGCACAGACAAAUGGGGCGGCAGCGUCGAGAACCGUACCCGGUUCGCGUUGGAGGCUCUCAAGGCUCUUGUUGAGGUUUAUGGCGAGAACGUCUCGAUCAAGAUCAACCCUGCUGGAGGCUACAAUGGCAAGUAUUUCCUGGCAGAUGCUAUCGACACCUACAGCUAUCUUCUGAAGGCGAUCGACACCAUGGGGCUGUCCUACGUCACCCUCGUUCGAUACAGCGCGGCCCUAGACCCCGAGUAUGAUGGCAAGAAACGGGCUACCCAGCACGACAUCGUCGCCACAUACAGCCCUUUCUUGCAGAAAACUCCGAUCUGGGUCAAUGCCGGUGUUACUCCGGAAGAGGCUGAGAAGCUUGUGAGUGGUGGAAUCACUGGCGUGUUCUUUGGAUUCGCACAGGUCACGUGCCCCGAUGUCGGCCACCGUAUCAAGGCUGGGAUCCCGCUCGACAACGCGCCCGACUUCCAGCAUCUGUACGGGGCCGAGGGCAUCGACUACGCGAUCGGGUACACCGACUACCCCGCUGCGAAGUAGAAUCGAUUCUGCAGUCCCUAGAACUUAUCGCAUGAAACAAUUGUACUAGAAACGAAUGAAUCCUCCCAG